AUGGCAGACCGAGGCCACCGCGGCGGCCGCGGCAACUUUAGGGGAGGCCGUGGUGGUAGUGGUGGCGGCGGCGGCGGAUAUAGCAGCCGGGGCGGCAGCAGCGCGGCAGGCUCCGCUGCCGGAAUGCCGGGCGCCAGCGGUAAUGCGCAGAACCAGGACAAGGAGCGCCCUAAGAAGGAAAAUAUCCUGGAUCUGAAGAAGUACAUGGAUAAGCGGAUCACUGUUAAAUUCAAUGGUGGUCGGGAAGCUACUGGUGUUUUGAAGGGUUAUGAUGCGUUGAUGAAUUUGGUCUUGGACGACGUUGAAGAAUUACUUAGAGACGAUGAGGGCAAUGAAAUGACUCGCCCUCUUGGUUUAGUCGUUGUUCGCGGAACUCUUCUUGUGUUUGUCAGCCCAGUUGACGGGAGCGAGGUGAUAGCAAAUCCGUUCGUCCAGGCUGAAGAUUGA